UAUAUGACAGAAACUAAUCAAUUAUCAGUAAAUAAGUUUGCUAAUCACAAUGAGGUCUCUACUCACCAACAACCGCAAGCAGUAGACAAAAAAUUAAUCAAAAUCACAGGAACUCUCACCUCCCCCAUCCAAUUAAAGGGCGAAAACACCAAAGAACCCUAUUAUUAUUCAUUUAUUAGAUUAAAAGGGCAAAGCACAGAUUUACCAGUUAUUUUCAAAAUUAAAGGCAGGCCAGUUGACAAAAUGAUAAUGACUAAUAAUGAUAAAUACUGCUUGAAUUGUAGUGCAGUAGCCAACUAUCCUAACCGAUUAAGCCAUGCUUUUUAUUGUCAGUAUAAUAAAGAAAGUAAAGAAAAACCUGAGGAGGAUAGUUGA